AUACAGGUAUGUUAUGACAUAAUACAGGUAUGAUGUGAGUUAUGACAGCAGAGGUGUCUAGACAAUUAGCUAAAUUAUGUGUUGUUAGCUUUAUACUAAUCUGUGUUUUUUUUAUUUUAUUUUAUUUAAACUUUAACUUUAAUAUGACUACAAAUGAAUGAGAUGUGUAUAAUUAUAGUUGGUGUAAAUACCUGAGAAACCUGGACAGUUUGACAUGUUCACACUGAACUUCAUGAUUAAAUCAGUAAAUAAGAGAUUAUCGUGUUGGUUUGGUGUAAACAUGCUCAGUUCAGGUGUUCAGGUGAGAAGACAAGUGUGUCGUCCUGUCCCUGUUUCGACCCGGACGCCUCAGAGAAAAGCCGUCGCAUUAACAUCCGUCUCAGAACCGAGCAGGAUUUCACUCCACAUGGAAAGACAAGGUGUCCUCGAACCGUCACCAACGCACAUGGAACAGAUCACAGUGUCGAAAAGCCUGCCGAAGGUGAAGAGGAACGUCAGGAAAUCUCGGGGACGUAAGCAGAAAAUGAAGUAUGGCGACUGCACAGUGAAGCUCCUGGCUGAACUUCCCUUCACCAACACCGAGGUCUGGAAGGAUCUCGGCUUCUCUGGCCCUGAGGCGAAGGAGAAGAUGAAAGGGAAGAAGAAAAAAAGGGGACAUGCAGAAGAUGAGGAGGACGGAGAGAAAGAGAAGAAAAAGAAGAAAGAUAGUCCUCGUCCUAAUUACUUUGUGUCGAUCCCGAUCACCAACCAAAAGAUAAAACAGGGGGUGGAGGAAGUCCAGUCUGAGGUGUUACAGAAAGACCCUCGUCUCUCCAGAGCCCUGAUUCCUGUAGGCACACUCCAUGUCACGCUGCUCGUCACACACCUGUCCUCGCAGGAGCAGAUCGACUCAGCUGCAUUAGCAAUAGAAGAGAUGGAGUCUAUGUUGACGUCCCUGGUGGGUGGGCGGAGCCUGGUCCUGCCAUUCCGUGGGAUCGGUCACUUCAAACAGGAAGUAGCUUUCAUCCACAUUGAGGAGGGAGAACACAUCAGUACCCUCACACACAUCGCAGACUCAGUCAGAAAGGCGUUUGAGGAGAAGGGGAUUCCGACCGGAGACCAGAAAGCUUUCAAACCUCACCUAACCUUCAUCAAGCUCUCACGAGCACCCAAGCUCCGGCGUCAGGGAGUCAAGAAGCUGGACUCGAGCCUGUACGCAGCAUUUGAGCAGCGAGUGUUUGGUGAGGAGAACGUGUGUACCAUGGAUCUGUGCUCCAUGUUGAAGAAGAAGGAUGCUGAGGGUUACUACCACCGCGAGAAGACCGUCACGUUCGAUCUUUUGCAGAGCGCACGACGCACCUCACAGACAAGUGGUAAACGCGGCCCUGAACUUGAUGAUGAUGAGCUGAUGAGUCUGAGUAAGAGGCUGGUGGAGGACGCCGUGUCCCGCGCCGUGCAGCAGUAUAUGGAGGAAACACAGCAGAACGGCUCCGCCCCCAAAGAUGAGGCUCCGCCCAAAACCACCUUCAAAUGACAGGGCGACCUCUGACCUCAUAUCCUCACCUGCCUGGGUGGAGGCCUGUGUCACACCUUCUUCCUCCACACCUCCUCCCCUGCUCCAGGGGCGACGGCUUUGUGCGUAAGAACGACGGGGACGAGCGAUCACGCGUAGACAAACCGGAUUGGCUGAAUUUUCUAUGCAGGUUUUUUGCACACAGAAUAAUUUUUUUUGUUCUGGUCUGAUGAGAGACCACAGCCAUAUCGAACUGCACUACUGGACCUGGACAGGAACUGGGCGUGUGUUUAGUAACGAUGCUCCUGUGUGACAGUACGAGCUCUCAUGGCUCUGUGUGUGUGUGUGUGUGUUUCUUUCAUCCACCCAAACAUAACGAGCCGUGUUUAUAUGUCUGUGAACCCUUUAGGCCGUGUGUGUGACACGCAGUGGGUCAGGUGGAAACUGGACUCGGACACAGAGAGUGUUUACAGGAGAGUGAAAGAAUUUAAGACGCUGUUAGGACGAGAAGACGUACGAGCACGAAUCACACGAGAACUGAGUGGGACACUCA